AUGGUGGAAGAUCUUGCUGCUAAUCUGUCCCCCCUCCCCUCUCCCACAGAGGCCUGCUACCUGGACAAGUCGGAGAAGUCGGAGGAGAAGUCGGCGGAGGAGUCGGAGAGGCCGCGGGGGCGCGGAGCCGGAGGAAGCCCCGCGUGCUCUUCUCCUCAGGCUCAGGUCUUUGAGUUGGAGAGAAGGUUCAAGCAGCAGAGGUACCUGUCGGCCCCGGAGAGGGAACACCUGGCCAGCAGCCUGAAGCUCACCUCCACCCAGGUGAAGAUCUGGUUCCAGAACAGGAGGUACAAGUGUAAGAGGCAGAGGCAGGACAAGUCCCUGGAGAUGGGGCCCCACCAUCCCCCCCCACCCCCCCCAGGAGGGUGGCAGUGCCAGUGUUGGUGCGGGAUGGGAAGCCUUGUUAUUGGGGGGCAGCCAGGCCUACAACAACGCCUACAAUGUAAGUGGUGGCCCCUACACCUACAACAGCUACCCGGCCUACAGCUACAGCAACAGCCCCCCCUACAGCACCAACUACAGCUGCAGCUACUCCGGCAUCCCCCCCAUCCAGCACAACCCAGGGACCACCCCCUUUACCAGCAUGGGCAACCUCAACCAGCUGGGCAAUGCCACACAAGGCCAGAGCCACACGGGGCCCCAUCAGUGCCCACCUGCCAGGGGACUUUACAAGGGAUCCGAGCCUGGUAG